GUUAUUCUGUUGCUGUUCUCUCAACUCAGAGCUACAUCUAUUUUGUGGCUGGUGCACCAAGAUCCAACUACACUGGCAGAAUAGUGGUUUAUGAUGUUCACAGUGAUGGUAAUGUCGCAAUUAUGCAGUCCCAGAGAGGCGAGCAGAUUGGCUCCUACUUUGGCAGCGUGGUGUGUUCAGUGGAUGUUAAUAGCGAUUCUGUGACAGAUGUGCUGCUUGUGGGUGCACCAAUGUUUAUGAAUGACCUGAAGAAAGAAGAAGGGAGAGUAUACAUGUUUUCCAUCACAAAGGGAAUUUUGGAUCAACAAGAACUCUUGGAAGGUCCACAGGGGUCAGAAAACGCUCGCUUUGGAUCAGCGAUUGCAAUGCUUGCAGACAUUGAUUUGGAUGGCUUUAAUGAUGUCGUAAUAGGUGCACCACUGGAAAGCCAAAACUCCGGAGCAAUUUACAUUUACAAUGGAUUUCAAAAGACUAUACGUACUAAAUAUUCUCAGAAAAUUUUAGGAUCGGAUUCCGCUUUUGGACAACGGCUCCAAUUCUUUGGAAGAUCAGUAGAUGGCCGUAGAGACUUAAAUGAUGAUGACAUCACUGACGUAUCAGUUGGUGCUGAUGGAAAUGUGGUUCUCCUAUGGUCACGAAGUAUUGCAAAUGUGUCCAUAAUUGCCUCAUUUAAACCUGAGAAAAUCAGUCUGCUGAACAAGAACACAGAAAUAACUGUCAAAAUAUGUUUUCAAGCUACAUUUAGACCUGCUAAGAGAAACAAUCAUGUGGCUAUAAAGUACAAUGCAACAUUGGAUGCAGAUCUUCAGUCAUCUAGAGUGACUUCUAGAGGACUGUUCAAAGAAAAUAAUGAAAGGUACAUGCAGAGGGAUCUUGUCGUACAUCAUGAGGAGAAUUGCAUUCAUGAUGUCUUCAGUGUGCAGGAACCUUCUGAUGCAGUGAAUUCCCUUAGUUUGCGCAUUGACAUUGGCCUUGCAAAUCCUGGCUCUAGCCCUGUCCUUGAUAGAUAUUCUCCUGCAUCUGUGGCCUAUAGUAUUCCUUUUAUUAAAGACUGCGGUGAAGAUGAACUUUGUGUCUGUGAUCUUGUUCUGAAUGUUCAAAGGAAGGCAGAUGAUGGCAAACAGCAGUUUGUUGUCAGCAGCAAAAACAGAAGACUAACAUUCAAUGUGAAAUUGAGAAAUAAAAAGGAAAAUGCAUAUAACACCAGAAUCCAGGCUACAUUUUCAGACAAUUUGUUUUUUGCUUCAUCGUCUUUACCGAGCGAUGGGACUGAAGUCUCAUGUCAGACAGGAACAGCACAAAGUACAGUCAUCUGCCAAAUAAGCUAUCCGGUUUUCAGAACACGACAACAGGUAUCCUUUGAUAUUAGUUUUGAUUUUAACCUGAAAAAUCUUCAGAAUGUGGCAGUUCUAAGUUUUCAUGCAUUGAGUGAAAGUACAGAAGAGCAAGAACUGGACAACCAGGUCAGCUUAUCAAUCCCUUUGCUAUAUGAUGCAGAAAUUCACUUCACAAGGCUUGCCAACAUCAACUUCUAUGAAGUAUACUCUGGUCAUAACAUUCCUUCCACUGUGAAUAAUUUUGAAGAUAUUGGCCCUAUGUUCAACUUUUCAGUUAAGGUAACUACAGGAAGUAUUCCAGUAAAGAUGGCAUCUGUAAAUAUUCAUAUUCCAGAACUGACCAGCAAAGAGAACCCACUACUGUACAUAACUGCAGUCACCACAGAUCAGGCCAGAGGUGUUACUUGUCAAGCUCAGAUAAAUCCACUGCAAAUAGGAAAGAGACCUUAUUCUGCAUCUUUCAUGAAAGAGAACUUCAGAGCAUCCAAAGAACUGAAUUGUAAGACUAUGAAGUGCCGCACCAUUGCAUGUAAACUGGAAGAUGUUAUGCUGAAAGGAGAGUACUUUGUGAACGUGUCCACCCGAAUUUGGAAUGGAACCUUUGCUGCUUCAACUUUCCAGACACUACAACUCUCUGCAGAGGGAAAAAUUGAUACACAUAACCCUGAGUUAUUUAUAAUUGGAGAGAAUACCCUAACUAUUUCAGUUACAAUAAUGAAGCCAGAUGAGAAAGCUGAGAUACCAGUUGGUGUUGUGAUUGGUAGUAUAUUGGCUGGACUCCUCUUGCUGUUGGUACUGGUUGUCAUUUUGUGGAAACUUGGCUUCUUCAAGAGACAGUAUGAGAAAAUGACACAGGAUACAGAAGACGUCGAUGAAAUUACAGAACUCACAAAGGACAAAGACUGA